CGACAAGGUUGCCAUAUCUAUACUGUCAGUUGCUACUUGUCAGAAUUUUGUGCUCAUUAAUUAGAAUCGGUUUGCCAAAAAUGUGUUUUAAAACCAAUUUCAAGUAUUUGAAUAUAUUAAAAAAAAUUAUUACCUACGUUUUUACUUCAAGGCAUAAGCUUAUGUUUAUUUUAAAAACAUGAAUGAUCAAUCUAUAUAACUAUCUAUAGCAUUGUCAUAUGUCAUAUCAAAACCCAUUUUAUUAAAACACCUAAUAACUUCUAACCUCAUUUUUUUAACCUAAAAAAUUUAAAAUAAAUAAAAUGUUACCGAAUGUAAUUAAUAAAAUACAGAACGCUUUAUUAAAAAAUUAUAAAAGAAAUACCUCAAGUUAUACUAUUAAUACAAUAUUACAAAAUACUAAAGCUGGAGAUAAAAUAAAUUUAAAGGGAUGGAUAAAAUCGUUAAGAAAACAAAAAGAAAAUAUUUUUAUAGACAUAAGCGACGGUUCUACUUCAGAAAAGUUGCAAAUAAUCAUCGCUCAAAACGUCGCUCCUAAAAACAUUUCAACAGGGGCUUCGAUAAGCACCUCGGGGGUGAUACAGCUGUCUCCUAAAGGUCAAAAGGAAUUGAAUGCCGAAGAAAUUACCAUUCAUGGUGAUUGUGUUGUCAGUGAUGGUUAUCCCUUUGCACCUAGAAAACAGUACACCCCUGAGUAUAUACGGCAGCAUUUACAUUUUAGACCUAGAACGAAUAAAUUUUCAUCUCUUUUAAGAAUCAGGAGUAACGCUCAUAUUAGUUUUCACAAUUAUUUAACCAGCCAGGGUUAUAUUAACGUGCAAACUCCAAUUCUCACAUCAAAUGAUUGCGAAGGGGCUGGAGAAGUGUUCAGAGUGCUCCCCGAAAAUCAGGCCUUAGUAAAAUCGAUGGCCAAAGAAGCACAAUCUUUAGAUGAAGCUUUUUUCGAUACAAAAACGUUCCUAACAGUCUCAGGCCAACUUCAUUUAGAAGCAGCAGCACAUGGCCUAAGCAAAGUUUACACUCUGGGACCGACAUUCAGGGCUGAAAACUCUAGAAGCAGAUUACAUUUAGCAGAAUUCUAUAUGUUAGAAGCAGAAAUCGCAUUUAUAGAUAGAAUAGAAGAUCUAAUGUCACCAAUAGAAAAAUUAAUAAAAAACGUAACGAAAAUGGUUUUGGACACUAAUGAAAACGAUAUUAGCGUCUGUAGAAAUGAUGGUACAGUGAAUUUUGCAUGGUUAGAAAAAGAUUUCGCUGUUAUGACGUAUGCAGAAGCUGAAAAUGUAUUGAAAAACCAUCAGGAGUUUGAAAAUGGAUUUAGGACUGAAAAUGGCAUUACUAAGGAACAUGAAUUUUUUUUGGUGAAGCACUGUGGAAAUAUUCCUGUAUUUGUAAUCAAUUGGCCCAAAGACAUCAAGCCAUUUUAUAUGAGAGAAUGUCCAAAUGAUACAUCAAUGGUUGCGGCAUUAGAUUUGCUGGUUCCGGAAGUUGGCGAAAUAGUGGGAGGAAGUUUGCGCGAAAACGAUCUGAAUAAGUUAAAAGAAAAAUUACCAAAAGAUUCUAAUGGACUGGACUGGUAUAUGGAUUUGAGAAAAUUCGGCGGCGUGCCGACUGGGGGAUACGGUUUGGGAUUCGAAAGAUAUUUAUUAUUUUUGACGGGAAUAUCGAACAUAAAAGAUGUGAUACCGUUUCCGAGAUGGCCUCACAAUUGUAACAUGUAAUUUACUUUUAUAAUAGUUAAUAAACAUUUUUUUGUUAAAAUUUGUUUUUUUUUAUGAAUUUUCUGCUAAAUGAUAAAUUAAAUCAGUAGUUCAAAUGUAUCUGAUGUUAUAAUAGGUCU